GGGUUGCAUCAAUUGAAGAAGGCCGAUUAGAAGGGAAAACUUUGGUCUUAACGUCGAAGUGUGUUACUCGUAGUUCUACGGCAAAACCGCCUCAUGUAACUGAGUUCAGAAGAACCUGGACGGUAGACCAAGAUAACAAUGUUUUGACUUAUACAUUUGAUAUGGCAACGAGUGAUAAACCUAUGGCCCCGCAUCUUUCCGCAAUAUUAUAUAGAGUAUCCAAAUGA